AUGGACUCCAAGGAACAGAUUCGGGAGGCCGAGUCCUUCAAAAGACUCACCUUCUUGGCCAUCGCCAUCUCCACCGUGGCCACAUUGACCGCCAUCAUCGUGGUCCCCAUGUUGUACAACUACAUGCAACAUGUUCAAUCUUCUUUGGACGAGGAACUAGAGUUCUGUACCCACAGAUCCAACGGUCUCUGGGAACAGUACAAGGUUCUUUAUGGAGAACAUGCCUUCAGAGCCAAGCGUGAAGCCACCUUCCGCCGUAUGCCUCAAGGUCAACGUGCCAACCAACGUGGACGUCGUGGCAACAAACGUGCUCGCCAAGCCUACGGAGGAGAUGCUGGAUACGGAGCCGCUGCCCCAGCUCCAGUAGGCAAUUACGGAGGAGAAUCCGCUGUCGGCGGAGGCAACGCCGCUGCUGGCGGAGGAUCAUGCUCAUGCGGAGUUGGACAAGCUGGACCACCAGGACCUCCAGGAACUGACGGAAACGACGGUCACGAUGGUGCUCCAGGACAAGACGGUCAACCAGGCCCAGACGCCCCAGCUGAUCACCAACCAUCUGCUGACGACUUCUGCUUCGACUGCCCACCAGGCCCAGCUGGACCACCAGGAGGAGCCGGACCAAAGGGACCAAGCGGUCAACCAGGACAGCCAGGACCUGACGGACAACCAGGAAACCCAGGAACCCAAGGACCACCAGGCCCAGCCGGACCACCAGGAAACGACGGACAACCAGGAGAAGCCGGUCCAGCUGGUCAACCAGGUCAAGUUAAUGACGUUCCCGGCAUCCCAGGCCCACCAGGACCAGCUGGUCCACCAGGACAGCCCGGUCAACCAGGACAGCCAGGAGCUACAGGGUCUUCAUCCCCAGGCCCACAAGGACCACCAGGUGACUCUGGCGCUCCAGGUACCCCAGGACUUCCAGGAGGCCCAGGACAAGCUGGCCCAGACGGAGAAGCCGGCAACGGAGGCGGCUGCGACCACUGCCCACCACCACGUACUGCUCCAGGAUACUAA